AUGACUAACCAUGAGCGCGUUGUGGAUGAGAGGUCAGGUGCCUUGGAGGAACAUGCCUUGGAGGAACAUGCCUGGGAGGAACAUGCCUUGGAGGAACAUGCAUUGGAUGAACAUGCCUUGGAGGAACAUGCAUUGGAUGAACAUGCCUUGGAGGAACAUACCUUGGAGGAACAUGCCUUGGAGGAACAUACCUUGGAGGAACAUACAUUGGAGGAACAUGCCUUGGAGGAACAUAUCUUGGAGGAACAUACCUUGGAGGAACAUGCCUUGGAGGAACAUGCCUUGGAGGAACAUGCCUUGGAGGAACAUGCCUUGGAGGAACAUACCUUGGAGGAACAUACAUUGGAGGAACAUGCCUUGGAGGAACAUAUCUUGGAGGAACAUACCUUGGAGGAACAUACCUUGGAGGAACAUGCCCUGGAGGAACAUGCCUUGGAGGAACAUGCCUUGGAGGAACAUACCUUGGAGGAACAUGCCUUGGAGGAACAUACCUUGGAGGAACAUACAUUGGAGGAACAUGCCUUGGAGGAACAUACCUUGGAGGAACAUACCUUGGAGGAACAUACCUUGGAGGAACAUGCCCUGGAGGAACAUGCCUUGGAGGAACAUGCCUUGGAGGAACAUACCUUGGAGGAACAUGCCUUGGAGGAACAUAUCUUGGAGGAACAUACCUUGGAGGAACAUGCCCUGGAGGAACAUGCCUUGGAGGAACAUGCCUUGGAGGAACAUACCUUGGAGGAACAUGCCUUGGAGGAACAUAUCUUGGAGGAACAUACCUUGGAGGAACAUGCCUUGGAGGAACAUGCCUUGGAGGAACAUGCCUUGGAGGAACAUGCCUUGGAGGAACAUGCCUUGGAGGAACAUGCUUUGGAGGAACAUACAUUGGAGGAACAUACCUUGGAGGAACAUACCUUGGAGGAACAUACCUUGGAGGAACAUACCUUGGAGGAACAUACCUUGGAGGAACAUGCCCUGGAGGAACAUGCCUUGGAGGAACAUGCCUUGGAGGAACAUACCUUGGAGGAACAUGCCUUGGAGGAACAUAUCUUGGAGGAACAUACCUUGGAGGAACAUGCCUUGGAGGAACAUGCCUUGGAGGAACAUGCCUUGGAGGAACAUGCCUUGGAGGAACAUGCUUUGGAGGAACAUACCUUGGAGGAACAUGCCUUGGAGGAACAUACCUUGGAGGAACAUACAUUGGAGGAACAUGCCUUGGAGGAACAUAUCUUGGAGGAACAUACCUUGGAGGAACAUGCCUUGGAGGAACAUGCCUUGGAGGAACAUGCCUUGGAGGAACAUACCUUGGAGGAACAUACAUUGGAGGAACAUGCCUUGGAGGAACAUAUCUUGGAGGAACAUACCUUGGAGGAACAUACCUUGGAGGAACAUACCUUGGAGGAACAUGCCCUGGAGGAACAUGCCUUGGAGGAACAUGCCUUGGAGGAAAAUGCCGCGGAUGAACAUGGUGGAAUUUCACAAUAUUGUAGUUUACAUUUUACUUUCACAACCAAUCGUCCGCAAUUUUUGUGUCUCUGCUGA